UCCAGUAUUUAGGACAGAGUGCAGUUGGAUAAAGAGAAAAUCAAAGAGGUUGUUUUAAUGGAGGUGGUGUUGAUCCCAUGGCCAGUGAUGGGGCACGUGCAAAUCGUGGAGUUUGCGAAGCUCAUCAUCCACCGUCAAACUCUUCUUCCUCCCGGUAAAACUCUCUCAGUCACCGUCCUCCUCAUGAAGCUCCCUGACUACAUCGACUCCGUCAGCAGCUCCUACGCCGACUUACUCUCCUCCUCCUCCACAUCAGCCGGCGCCGCCGUGCACCUCAACUUCGUCCACCUCCCCGCAACCGAGCCUACGCCCGAGUGGAGCGCCAGAACUCGGGGUUACUUCGUCCACAGCCUCGUGGUGAGCCAGCAGCCCAACGUCGCCGACUUCCUCCGCUCCCGCCUCCCCAACGUCGCCGCCGUGGUGGUCGACAUGCUCUGCACCUCCAUGAUCGGCGUCGCGGCCGAGCUCGGCAUCCCUGCCUACAUCUUCUUCACUUCUCCCGCCAGUUUCCUCGGCGCCAUGCUCCACUUCCAGACCCUCCACGACGAGCAAAACGACGACGUCUGCGCACUCCAGGACUCGGGAUCCGAGCUGGAUAUCCCGAGCUUCAGCCUCCCCCUGCCUCCUAGCGUCCUGUCUCAGGUGCUGGUGGUUAGGAGCCAGUGGGAGGAUAGGUUCCUUCACUAUGCUCGUGAUUAUAGGAAGGCUAGAGGAAUCAUUGUCAACACUUUUGUUGAGCUCGAGCCUCAUGCGUUGGGAUCGUUCGUCGUGGAUUCGGCAUAUGGCGCUGCACCGGUCCCACCGGUGUACUCUGUUGGCCCGAUUUUGAACCGUGGCCCUUCUCAUAAAAGCUCCCCUGAGGUUCUGAAGUGGCUGGAUGAGCAACAUUCUGGAUCAGUGGUAUUGAUCUGUUUCGGGAGCCAGGGGAGUUUGAGCGAGGUUCAAAUACGGGAGCUGGCAAUCGGGCUCGAGCGGAGCGGCCAGCGUUUCCUCUGGUCGCUCCGGCGCCAGGCACCGAGCAGCCAGAAGGCGAGCUUCCCGGGAGAGUACGAGAGCUACAGAGAAGUCCUGCCGGAGGGGUUCCUAGACAGAACUAGUGGAGUGGGUAAGGUUGUGGGGUGGAUACCACAGCUGGAGGUGUUAUCCCAUCCAGCUGUGGGCGGGUUCGUGUCGCACUGUGGGUGGAACUCGGUGCUCGAGAGCCUCUGGUGUGGCGUGCCCGUGGCGACAUGGCCUUUGCACUCAGAGCAACAGAUGAACGCGUUCCAGCUGGUGAGGGAGUUGGGGCUGGCGGUGGAGAUCACGCUGAGCUACUUGGAGAGGAGCAGGGAUGGGUCAGUGGUGGCCGUGGCGGAGGUGGAGAGAGGGAUAAGGGAGGUGAUGGAGAGUGGGAGUAAGGUGAAGGAGAGAGUGAGAGAGAUGAAGGAGAAGAGUAGGAUGACUGUGGUUGAAGGUGGAUCUUCAUAUGCUUCUUUCAAGAGGUUAAUUGAUGAUAUGAUGAGCUAUGCUUCAACCUAAUGAAUUCAUCAAUCAUUUUCGUGACACAUUGAGAGACUUGAUUUGUAAUAAAUGUAACACUAAAACAUGACAGCAACUUUUUAGUUGAAAACUGGAGUCACGAAUGCAACAUUAUAUGCUGAGUUUUUGUUAAAAA